AUGGUGUCGCUCAAGGCUAUCGGAGUCGCUUAUGCAGCAGCGAACCUCUUGGGUGUCAACGCAGGUCUGUGUCGCCCAUCGACCAGGACUUCACUAAGCCAGUCCGGCUCCGGAACACCGACCUCGGCGCCGAUUGUCUCGACCUCAACCUCGGGAAGUGGUACUAUCGCCACAACAUCAACAGAUCACGCAUCUUCGUCUGACGAGACAACUGCUACCAACCCUACGACAUCUGGAACUCAAUCCGUGUCUAGCAGUGAAACUAUUGUUUCGUCAAGCAACCCGACAACUUCAGAUGUCUCAACUAUCGAGACCUCCAGCAGUCACACGAUCUCUAUCGACCUUACUACGUCUGGCAGCCCUACCACGUCAAGCGAUGCUGUGACCUCUGCCGAGUCCACGACCUCUGGUGCUUCGACCAUGUCUGCUGAGACAUCGGCAUCCGUCGACUCCACAACAUCAGGCGUCCCGACUACUACUGCUGAAACCUCGGCUCCUACUGACGUGACUUCUACCGAAGCUACUACGUCUGAUGAAUCCACGACAUCUGCUGAUACUACGACAACUGCCAAUCCUACCACCACCGCGGAUACCACAACAACUUCGUCAGAGCCUACAACCACAACAUCGGUCUGUGUUGAGCCCACCAACCUGCUCAGACAGCCCGGCUUUGAGGCUUCAGACGACGGGUCUGUUUGGGGAUUCUACUGGGGCGGUGGCGAUGUUGAAUACGACCCCGACCAAGCUCGAACUGGUGAUUACCUAGGUGUUCUACCUGUCCCCGACGGACAGGAACGUCGCAUGGAACAACGUAUUCAUAUAACUCCAGGCUCAGAAUAUACAGUUAGCUUCUGGUAUGCCGUCGCAAACCCGCCGUCCGUCAGCACACAAUGUUUCCUGUUUGCUACCUUCGACUACUACACGACAUUGAAGCAGGUGCCGCUUCCGUCUGACUCUGAAUACCACCAGUACACCUCGAGCUUCAUUGCACAGGAUAACUUGGACCCAGCUAUCGAGAUUGGCGUUUCCUGUCCUGGUGUAGGCAACGGGUACACAGCUACAAUCAACAUCGAUGACACCUCGGUUCUGGACUCUACCAACGCGUGCGAUGCUACUCCCGUCGAUCCCAAUGCUCCCCCUAAGUCUACUCUCCUCGUGCCUGCACAGCCAGAGGCUCCUCACUGCCCUGUGAACGUUGUUCAAGUCCCCGGGUUUGAAGCUGAUGACGAGGACCAAGCAUGGGCCUUCUUCAACAGGGGAGAAUUUGUGCAAGAUGUGUCCAACGCCCGAACCGGAGAGCGAGAGGCACUUCUCCCUAGCGGAACUGGCAGCGAUGGCACCUUUCUCGAGCAAUACAUCGACUCCUCAAAUCUUGUAGCCGGCGAGACCUAUGAUUAUCACUUCUUCUGGAAGCCCAAAACCCUACCAGAUAGCGGCCGGUGCUACAUUAGCGGCGGCUAUAGUGACCUGGUUGGAUUCUCCGCAGCCGAAGUCAAGUUCGGAGCAACUUCAUCGACUGGCUACACUCUCUACUCAGUUCGCUUCGAAAUGCCAGCCGGUAGCAUUGUUCUUCAAAUUGUCUUUGUCUGUGAUGGCAAUGACCUUGAGGUAGGAUCAGUCUACGUCGAUGAUACGGCACUGAUCAUAGUUGGCGGCUGCGAGGCAUAUCCCGUGACAGGGUCACUCAUUGAGAAUCCCAGCUUUGAGAUCCAAGCUACUGAGGAUAGUACUUAUGCUUGGUUUGGCACCAAGGGUAUGACGAUCAGAGCUGGAAGCACAUCUGACGGCCCCUCACCCAACUCAGGCGACAACUUCCUGUAUGUCCAACUUGGAUCAUCCAAGAAGUCGGCGACACUCACCAAACCGCUGGCUAGUUCCUUGAAUGCAGGCGGGGCGUAUACUCUCCAGUUCAACUGGUCUGCUGGAUCUGCAUACGUUCCCAGCACUUGCUCAUUCAAGAUUGUCUUUGGUUCAGUGUCUCAAACUCUCGAGCUCGACGACCAAGUCACAGCGUAUCAGUAUCAAUCGUUUGAUUACAGCUUCACAGCGGCUGAUUCAGCUGAAUCCAUGUCCAUCACUGUUGAGUGUACAGACGCAAGUGGGUUCCCUGACUUCGUCAUCGAUGACUUUUCCCUCCAGUAACGGAGGAUGUUAAUAAAUAGGGCGGCAUUAU